CCCCGUCUGGAUCCACUCUCCGUCUCCUCAGUCACUGGCCGGCUGCUCACAGGCCGUUUGACACCGUGUCCGCUGACCACCACGACACGUAUCUCAUCUGGCCUGCCUCCUUUUUGUUUUUUCCUAACCCCGGACUUCUAUCUUUCUUAUCUUUUACCUCAUUUUCCCCCGGUCCCGGUCGGAUCUCCAGAGGGCGUGUUGCUGCAGCGGGAGUUUCAUCUCCUGUGCGUCGGCUCUGAGGAAUGACAGCGAGGGAACGGGACUGAGACUAACUGCCCGAACACACAAACAUGGAUUAUAAGGAGCUCGGGAAUGAUUUCGAGGAGAAACUGAAGCUGACAGAGAAAUCGCUCCCCUUGGCGCCGGAAUGCCACCCCAACAUCCUGGACGAGCAGCAGGCCCCGGGAAAGGACCCCGACCCGGACCUGCUGAGCCCGGCCGACUCGGCCGUCACGGACCUCUCCCCUAACUCUGAGUCCUGCCCCAAGACGGACCCCUCCUCCCUGGGCCCCUCCUCCCGGACCGAGGGGCCCCCGACCACGCCCAACGCCAGCCCACAGCCCAAGAAAGACUUGAUGAGCUCGGAGCAGCGACAGAAGCAGGCCAAGGAGAGGAGAGAGGAGAGGGCCAAAUACAUCGAGCAACAGACCCAAGUGCAAGCCACUAAGAAGGCCCAGUGGUUGGAGAAGGAGGACCGGGCGCGGAGGCUCAGGGACUCCCAGCUGGAGGAGCGCCGCAAGAGGCUGGAGCAGCAGCGGCUGAAGACGGAGAAGCGCCGCUCCGUCCUGGAGGAGAAGCAGAGGCAGAAGCUGGAGAAGAACAAGGAGCGCUACGAGUCGGCCAUCAAGAGGUCCACCAAGAAGACCUGGGCCGAGAUCCGCCAGCAGAGGUGGUCCUGGGCUGGGGGUCUCAACCAGACGUCCCGCCGGGAAAGCAGAUGCUCCGCCUCUACGGUGAACUUACCCCGACAGGUGGAGCCUGUCAUUAACAGCAGGCUGUCCAAGUCCUCUGCCACACUCUGGAACUCCCCCAGCAGAACCCGCAGCCUGCGCCUCAGCGCCUGGGAGAGCCGCAUCGUGGAGCGGCUGAUGACGCCCACGCUGUCCUUCCUGGCCCGCAGCCGCAGCGCCGUCACUCUGCACCCCCGCAGCGACUCCCCGUCCGGCAGCCCGCUCACCUUCUGCUCCCAGAAUGCACCUCAGCGCAGUGCGGAGCGCUGGAGGGCCUCGUCCGCCAGCACGCCCGACAUCAUGCAGCGCACGCGCCGACGCAACUCCACACCGCUGGACAAGAAGAAGAAGGAGAAGAAGGACAAGGAGCGGGAGAACGAGAAGGAGAAGAGCGCUCUGAGCAAGGAGAAGACCCAGAAGAAACCCCCCACGCCCCCCGCCCCCAGCACCACGCCCCGGUCCAGGUCCCAGACCAGCACCCCCAGACCCAAGACCACCAGGCCCCCGUCCCCAGCGGCCCCUAAGAGCAGACCCCUGUCUCCCUGCACCCCCGCCGCCGCCACCGCCGCCGGGGCCCCCAAGGGCCCCUCGGGGAAGAAGACGACCCCCACCCCGGGCACCAAGGUCCGACCCAAGCGGGCCCAGACCCCCGCCCGCGUCCAGGCCCAGGCCGUCGCCGCCGUCGCCGUGGGAACCGACGGCGGGUCCCCGCAGCCGGAUGCUGAGACAAAGGGCCCAGCUGCUGUCCCCUCCAUCGUGGUCACCCCAGGGCCCAGCCCCACCCCCCCCCACCACCGCCGACCCAACCGCCACUCCCAGCGGCGACUCCGCCCCCUCCGCACCAAGCCCCACCCCCUCCACACCGAGCCCCACCCCUCAGCUCCGAGCCCCGCCCCUUCCGCACCAAGCCCCGCCCCGUCCGCAUCAAGCCGCUCCGCUUCCACCCCGAGCCCCGCCCCCUCCACACCGGCCCCGCCCACCGGCGGGGGCAGGCCCUCGGCCGGGACCAGCGACCCGGAGGAGGCGGCCCGGACGCUGGCCGAGAAGAGGAGGCAGGCCCGGGAGCAGAGGGAGCGUGAGGAGCAGGAGCGCCAGGAGCAGGAGCAGAGGAACAAGCUGCUGCGCGAGGAGGAGAGCAGGAGCCGGCAGGAGGAGUCGCGCCUCAUGGCCCAGCAGCAGCGCGUGAUGGACGAGGAGCUGCGCCUCCAGGAGGAGAAGGAGGUGCAGGAGAAGGCCCAGGCCGAGCAGGAGGAGAACGACAAGCUGCAGAAACAGAGGGAGGAGGCGGAGGUGAAGGCCAAGGAAGAGGCGGAGAAACAGCGGGUGGAGAGGGAGAAGCACUUCCAGAAGGAGGAGCAGGAGAGGCUGGAGAGGAAGCGGCGCCUGGACGAGAUCAUGAAGAGGACGAGGAAGAGCGACGCAGGGGACAAGAAGAAUACCAAGGCCGCAAACCAGGUCAACGGCAAAGCCACCACCGAGGUCACGAAAGCACCAGAAGGCUCGCAGAACCCCCAGGAGCCAAUGAACAACGGCGCAGCCACUGUCGUCAGCCAAUCACAAGCCGUCUCCGGGACAGUUGCGGUCAACGGCGUGCAGCCCGCAGGGCACCAGAACGGCCUCUCGGCCAAUGGGGAUGCAGCUAAGUUCAGCGAGCCCAUCUUGGACUAUGAGGGAGGAGAGCCCUUCAUGAUGAAGACGGGACCCAUGAAGCCACAGCAUGUAGCAGAGGUCCUGUGAGUCUCCAGCCCCGGACGGUUGGAAUACCACCCCUGGGUGUCGCGUCGAGCAGAGGGACUUGACCUCCAGCAAUUCACCUCACUCACAGACACACACACAUACCUACAAACAUACACACACGCAAACACACACACACACAGACACUAGGGUUGCCGCGGUAUACGGUAUUACCGGUGGUACCGGUGUUGAGGCCAACACAGAUUACUCGGUGUUGCACACCGGCAACACCGAGUUAUUUUUUAUUUUAUUUUUUCCAGUAAUAAAAAAAGAAUUUGCCGUCAUCUUUAGGCCUAUUUGAUUAAAAAAAAAAGUUUGGCAAUUUAUCUUUAUACUGUUUUAUUUUUGAUGCGUUUUUUCAUUAAAAAAAAAAAGUAUAUAUACAAACCUAAUAGAUAGGCUACCUAAUAAAGCGUUGGAACGCACAAGACCGGUAACCAAUGGCAACGCCAGUAAACAAACCCCGCGAAGCCCCACCCCUACGAGAGCUCUCCGCGCUACGACCAUCCGGAGGCGCACAGAGGGCCGUGAUAUUAUCUAUAAAAUGAUAUCAUACUAUUAUAUAUAGAACGUUAUAAGACGCUGUCACCGAGAAUUGGCGCGCUGCCAGAGGCUGUCACCGAGUGUGAGAGGAGAGUUGACGGAGAAGAUGGCGGUUGACCUAGUUUCAAAGUUUAUAUCGUUUAUACUCGGUAAUACCGGUGUUGACACGAGUGUAUUACUUGGUGUGAAAAAGUCCACACCUUGGCAACCCUAACACACACACACGCACACGCAAAUACACACACGCGCACACACAAGCCGCUUGUAUUAGGGAGGGAUUGGAGUGAUGUGCCAAACCAACCACCAACAGAAGAAACUUCCAGAAUAUCCGGCCGCUGCUGUUGUCGACGCAGAGCCGGUGAAACACCGCCAGCAACCAUCAAAAUAUGAAAGACAUGAAAACAAAUGAAUAUAAUAAGUCAAAAAAAUAAGUGCAACAAAAGUAUUCUCUGUGUUCUUGUAUCGGUGCCGCAUUAGUCGAGUUUUAACUGAAAUGUCACUCGCCGAUUUUAUGGUGCACCUUAAGAAAAAAAAAGACUGACAUUGUAACAAUUUAUUAGUAAACUAUACGAACCUGGACAUACAUAAUAUUUGACUGGUUGUUGUUAUUAUUGUCGUUGUAAUGACAUGCUAAUGUUCCUCUUAAGUUGAAUGAUGUGUUUUUCUUUUUUUGUCUAUUUCGUCUGGAAUUCUUGAUUUAUUUAACUUAGAAGCAGCGAAUGAACGGCCAGACAGCGUAUGUAAAUGUAUAUCGGCUGCCUGGGCCGCUGUUACUGAGGAUCUGUGAAAUAAAGCUUUAUUGAAGGGAUUCUA